AUGGUCGCAGGUAAAGGUGCCGGGGCAGACUGCCCUGAUACAUCAGCUCUACCAAACCCAGUCCCAAAAGGUUUUGUUCGUCCAAAGAAAGCUGCGAGGAUCUACGGAGCCACCAAGCCGAGCCUUCGUAUUCCAGAAAAAGAGACGAAAGUCGAGACUCUCAGAGGCAAUGGAAACUCUGCUCUGUAUCACAUAGUCCUUGCAGAAGCAAGAAAGCAGUCUCAUGACGAUAAUCCUUUGCUAUGUGCACUGCAAGUUGAAGACCCUGAAACUGCUCCAGAGGCCAAUCGACCUCUCAACACAGAUGAGCAGAAAGCCGGAAACAAGAACACAUGGAACGGGCUUGUACCAGAUAGCUCCGUCCCGUUAAGAAAUAUCGAUGACAUAUUUGACCAUAUCACUACCAAGGCUCGGGAAUUUGGGUUGGACGAAGCACAAUCGCCAUUCAUUCAAGACAAUUCUAGGAUUCGCAUUGUUACCAUGUGUUCAGGGACUGACAGUCCUCUGAUCGCCUUGAACAUGGUUCAACGCAGUCUUCAACGUCAAGGACAGGCAUAUUUCAAAUUCAACCAUCUCGCAAGCUGUGAGAUUGAACCGUUCAAGCAAGCGUUCAUCGAACGAAAUUUCUCUCCUCCAAACAUCUUCCACGACGUCACCGAGUUCACCGACCAUAAGGCCGAACCAGACAAUCCUGAAAAGCUUCCACGCAACGCAUAUGGAGCAACUCCAGAGAUACCCAAGGAUGUCCACAUACUGAUCGCUGGGUCAUCUUGUGUCGAUUAUUCUGGACUGAACAACAAUCCAAACAAGGAACAUGGAGAGUCUACUAACACUUUGACUGGAGUUGCCGACUAUGCCGAUAAGUAUCGUCCAGUAAUUAUCUUGCUUGAGAAUGUUGCCAAUGCAGAUUGGAAAACACAGAACGAAAUCUGGGAACCUCGCAACUACUUUUUUCGAACUGUGAGAGUUGACAGUAAGAACUUCUACAUACCUCAGACGCGUGAACGAGGCUACAGUUUUGCCGUGGACAUGGAUCGAGUCGCGAAACUCUAUGGGCGUGAUAAGGUUGAAGAUGUGUGUCAAGACCUCUACGACUGUUGGCUAGAUUACAUGGGUCGCUUCCAACGUCGUGCAUCGACUCCAUACACCGAAUUCCUCCUUGACGCUGAUGAUGCUCGCUUGCAUAUUGCCAAGGCGAUGACAGAAGACCGAAAGGUCAACAAGCUCAAUACUGAUUGGAAAUCCUGCCAGACGCGUCAUAUUCGAGAGCGAGCUGAGAAAUUCCUCGGUACGAAGCGUCCUUUCACCAAUCGAGAAAGUGGUGGACGCAGCAAGUUGAGCGACCAUGCGUGGCAAAAGUGGAGUUUCGGGUCCUCAACACGUGAACAGGAUAUGCUUGAUAUAACCAUGCUUCGGAGUGUAUCUGAGCGAGACAUCGACAUCACGAGCAAAUCCCGAGUCCUUGAUAUUUCUCAGAAUGUGGAUCGAGAAACGGACAAUCGUGCUUGGGGUAUUGUCGGAUGCAUAACUCCUAGUGGCACUCUUUUCGAAACAUCAAGAGCUGGCCCCCUUGUUGGAUUGGAAACUCUCGCGCUUCAAGGCAUGCCGAUCGACAAUUUAGAUCUUACAAAAGCCACGUUGAAACAACUCACAAACCUUGCAGGCAAUGCAAUGACGACCACAGUCAUUGGCGCUUCCAUUCUGAGCACUCUGAUAGCCUGCCACCAACUGUCCACUGAUCGACGACGUACCCCAGCUUCGAGUUUGAACCUUUUUCAAGAGUACAUCGACAACCAUGUGCGUGAUCCUAUCGGGAAGACUGGUUUUCUUGAGUAUCAAGAUGUGAAUUUUGAGAACUCAUCUGUACUGGAAUUUUCCGAGAGUCUUCAAAGUCUAAAUGUCAAUCAGUCUGCGCAGAGCUCAUGGCAAACGAUUGUCAAAGAGGCCGAAGCAUCACAACGCCUGUGCGCAUGUGAAAAUCUUGGUGAGCAUACUACUACUGAUGUGAAGUACUGCCACACAUGUUUCUAUACCGUUUGUAACGGUGGAGAUUGCAGUCGAACUCCUCACGACAACUUCGAAAUUCUGAAGGUGGACCACGCAAGUCGUGGAGCGACAGAUGCCUUCAUCGAACGCUUGAUCCGAAAUUUCCCUGGAACUGUCAAAUUUUCACUUCAAAACAAUGAUGAAAAUCAGAACACUGAGGAUGAAUUCUUCCUCGACCCAAGUGAUGGAAGACGCACACUUCUCAACCUCGCAUUCCAUUUCACAGGUGUCCAGUAUGGAGCUACGUGGAAAGUGUUAUUCGAGUCGUCAAUUGCCAGAUUAGAGCUCGAAUUCGCUCGGGAUUUCCAAGCUACCUCCAAGGCGCACCAUUCAAACUUAGCACUUCCGCAAGCUUUCAAAAUUCGGCCAGUUUGGUUGCUCUUUGAAAAGCAUACAUCAAGUCUAGUGAAUAACAGCAUAGAGAAAGACAAUUUCAUACACCCAAUCGCACGAAUGUAUCCGAAGCUCACCUGUUUCGAUGGCAAUUGGGAGUUUUGGAGAGGUCCUGGAGGUCCGGUUGGCCUGAAGGUCAGACCAAGCAACACUUGCAAGGUCGCUUGGGAAGCCAAGUUGGGGCUUCAAGGAGACCUCUUCCCGAAGCUCCGCAUCCCUGAUCAAUUAACGGUGUCGGCCACGGAAAGUACUAGUUACCUCUCAGAAUCCGAGGUAGAGUCUCUACAUAAUGUGAUCGGGAGUUACAAGCUGGUCGAGAAGUGUCCGGCACCAUACGGUCGUUUGUAUGUGCGACAGAGUCCCGGAGGGUCUCGACACUGUCCUGUUUUCUUCUAUAUGAAGUCUGGUCAUCUCCAGGAUGCCAUUCAUGAUCGAAUGGAGUUCAGCAAAGAACCCCCGAGCCUAAUAUCUACAGACGACCGCAAUCUUCUACUGAGACUCAAAGACCGAUACCUUCCGACAUUCCGAGAGUCUGAAGCAAAGCCACAGGCGACAAAUGUUACAGGUGUGCUUUUCAACACCUGGAUGAAGGUCGGCAAUCUAAGCUUGAAGCCUAUGAAAUCGCCUGCAAAAUUCUUCGUUCAACGAGAUUCAUCAUUCAUUACACAGUCUGGGGACUGUAAGGACUCACUUUCAACAGUAUUUCUUGCGAAAUGGAUUCCAAGAGAGCACCUCAGUCAAUACCCUGAAGGCAAAUCCACGAUUGUACCGCUUGAAGAUAAGCCCGGAGCGCUCAAGGAUUUCAGCUGGAUGAGAAUAGCUGCGGCAAAGGUCCCCCAGCUUGCCCUGGGAUGGAUUUACUUCAGUGAUCAGUCUCAUGCUGGAAGCUGCUCGGAGCCAGAUUUCACGCCCGACCAGCACACGAAUUCAGAGGAACAUUCAGCCGAAGGACUCAAAGUUGUGUGUGCACCAAAGCCGCCGCGACUCCAAUGGGUAGAAUUCCGUCUGAAAGUUGGGGACGGUAAGACGAAGCCGGAGAAAAAGCUAAUAGAAGAUGCUAAGGCAGCCCAUGACUACGAGAAGGCACUGAAGUCAAGACCGGUUCCUAUUCUGGCCAUUAUCCACUGCAAGGCAGGCGAACUGUCCUUGCAAAUUCUACUCAAUCCAGUGGCAUUGUUGCACCGCGCAAGAGCAGAGCUCGCUUUUAGUGAAGACAAAAUCUAUUCACAAUGGCGUUUGUGUUAUUAUCCCCCGUUUUCCCCUCGGCCAAAGUUCCCGCGUCUCAGAUUGCUCAGCAACAUGGAGAUGGCACUCGCGCCUUCGAAUCCACGCCUUUUCAAGCAACUAUGGGAUUCUCAGCGAAAAACUCUGACUUGGAUGAUCGACUGUGAGAGUUCAAAGUCACUUUGGGUCGAAGAGGCUCUGAAAGAGACAUGCAUUCCAGCUCUUGGAUGGCGCCUCGAAGUUAAGGCAAGCAGAAAUUUGGUAGUCCGUGGAGGAGUUCUUGCAGAUAAAGUUGGGUCUGGCAAGACAAUCACCACCCUUGAGCUGGUCCGUCGAGACCUUGCGAAACCACUCUUCCCUCAUGAGAGCAUUAAAUCACAUAUCUCCACAGACGCGACUCUCAUCAUCGUUCCGAAGAACCUGUUGACGCAAUGGGAGGAGACGAUCAGAGAAGUUAUGGGAGCCACAUACUCUAAGAAUUCAACCUCCGGAAGAUUGAUAGUUCUCCGGGAGCCCAGGAACAUCACAAAAUUCUCUGUUGGUGCUAUCCGCAAAGCCCGAAUAGUCCUGGUGUCUCUGAGCGUGUUCGAGCACAAUGACUAUUGGCAGGAGCAUCGUAUGGUUGCCUGUGCCCCGAAUGUGCCAGAAAAAGCUGGUCGAGCUUUUGACGAAUACCUCGACGAUUCGCUGAGCAAUCUUUCCAAAUUCAUUAAAGCGUCUGAUGAUUGGAAAGACAUCAAUGGGUUCUGGAAAGAGUGGAGCCAUGCCAAAUGUAAGAUUGGUAACUAUAACCGAUUCAGUGGAGUCAAGACUCGCAAAAGUAAGAAGGCCGAGUACAAGGCAACAAUGCUCAAUGCUGCCGUACCUGGCACUCGGAAGCGGAGCUCCUCUUGUUCUUCCGCUUCCUCCGUCUCCUCAGCUUCUUCACAGACGAGUAGCGUUGGCCCACCACAAAAGAAGUCCAAAGGUCAGAGUGCAGUUCCUCAGGUGAUUGUGAAAGCUCCCAAAGAGGCAAACAAGGUCUGGAUUGAUGCUUCGACCGAAGCUUUCAUGAAAGGGGAAAAGGCCGACUUCGAAGAAGAGGCAAAGGAAUUUCAGCAAAACAAAGACAUUGCACCCGUGCUCCAUAUGUUCAACUUUCGGCGGUUGGUUGUUGAUGAAUUUACCUACGCAAAGCCGCUCACGCUGUCCACGUUGCUCAGAAUCAAAUCUAGCUCCCGAUGGAUGCUCUCUGGUACACCCCCAAUCCACGACUACGAUUCUGUGAACACGAUAGCAAAGCUUCUGGGCACCAAAAUCUCGACCUUUGAUGAACAUAAAGGUACUCAUGGCUUCACAAGAGGGCCUUCACCAACCGAUCGUCUGAAGUCCCUUUCUGAAGAAUUUGCGGAACACCAAGGCAUUGGAUCACCUGCGUUCAUCAAGUAUCUCUAUGGUCGUGCUCAAGACUUUUCCAACACUUUUAUUCGUCAAGAUGAUUGUUCAGAACCCAAACAAGUCAAGUCACAUGAGUUGCAGCUCUUCAUAGGUAGCAUCCCGGAGCUUGUUGACCAUGUAGAGGUCAAUCACAUUAUGACCUACAAUGACUGCCGAUUCAAUGUCAACUUGACUCCAGCCAGAAGAAACAAAAUGACUUUUGAGCGAUUGCGUGAGGCUCUUCGUGAGAGUCAUACCGGACCUCGUGCGGCAUCAGUUUGCUCCAUGACAGACCUCGCGGCUAGUCGACAGCCGGAGCCAUACAAGCACAACAAGCCCGUGAAGCCCAUGAAGCUUAUCACUCCCGAAGACAUUCUGAAGGAAACGAAGGAGAAGAUCAUAAAGCUUUCCGAAGAUCUUCUUCAAGAGCUACAGGAACUGUUCUACUGCAAGAGAAGCACUCAUAAGGAGGAUUCAUACAUAUCAUUCCGAGUCUUUCUCAAAGAUUUCUACCGUCUUGACCUGCACAGCCUGGAUCCAUCAGUGAUACCUAUUAUUGAUCGUCUGAUUUCAUAUGCAUCAGAAAACGAACAAGCCUUCGAGAAGCUUCAUGUGACCAUAGCAGCAAAGAAGCCAGGGGUCGUCAAGAAAGAAGAACAAGAGGAGAAGAUCAAAGCACGGAUAGAACAGGCGACAGAUGCAUUUGGCAAGCUCGUGCCUCACUAUCAGCGUAAAGAGGUGGAUCAGCGCACCGUGAAGGCUGAUAAUCUGGUUGGAGAUAUCGUCGACACUUGCCGGCGUCUGCAAUUCAUCAUUGUUGCAAAAGCUGUGAAUGAGAAGAAAGCUCUUGACAAAUGCUCUGCCUGUGGGAAUAUUCCCGAUUCCUCGGAUGAGAUUGAAAAGGUCGAGAUCUCAGGAGUGUGUGGCCACAUCGUCCGCUGUGCCGCAUGUCCUGCGUCGUUACCAAAAGCGCUGGAAAGAUGCCCGAACGAGUACUGCUCUGCGGAAAUAGGACAGGUCUGGGCUGGAGAUUUCUUCUCAAAGAGCGCUGAUGCUCAACAAUCGAGUCUCAUUACGGUCACCAGAAUGAUCAAGGCCGUGGAUAUGAUCAAGGCCAUUCCUGAUGAUGAGUUUGUCCUGGUCUUCGGUCAAUUCAAAGACAUGGAGACACAAUUCAUGGUAGCCUGUCACACUGCUGGGAUCUCGUACGAGGACGGUACCAGAAACUCGGCCAUGUCAAUUGCGAGGUUCAAGCGAAAAGCGGAGCAGAAGGUGGAAGGAGCGCCGAAAGUCCUCCUCCUACAAAUCGAUUCGGAGGAUGCGGCGGGGUGGAAUUUGCAGUGCGCCAACCAUGUGGUGUUUCUGGCCCCCUUUGUGGGAGACUCGGUGGUGCAGGCAUGGGACACCAUGGUGCAGGCAGUUGGACGGGCUCAUCGCCCCGGACAGAAGAAGAAGGUGCAGGUCUACCAUAUCUAUGGUGCAAAGACAAUUGAGGAGAAGAUGACCAAGAUGGUCGUGAAGAAGUUUCAGGAGACACCAUAG